AUGGAUUCUACUGGUGCAGAUCAAAUCAUUGGGGCUUUAGAACUUAUCUACGAUCCUAGCUCCAAUAAUAAUCAACGUCUCGAGGCUCAGAAGUUCUUGGAAGAGAUUAAAUUACAUGAGGAAUCACCCUUUUGGGGUUACAACAUUUCUUUGAACAAUCCAAACAACUUUAUAUUGAAACAUUUUGGGUUAAGUCUAUUGGCUGAUUCAAUUAAGAAAAAUUGGAACAAUUAUGAUCAAUUGAAAAAAAUUACUAUUAGGAAAUGGGUCAUUGAAUUGAAUUAUUCUAUUACGAAUAACGAUCCUAGAUAUAUUAAAGAAAAAUUGGCCUUUUUAUGGGUAGAGAUUACAAAGAGAACCUGGGGUGAAGCAUUGAAAAAGGGAGUUCCCGAUGAUCAAGAAUUGAUUGAUUCUUGGGUAGAUAUGGAUGCCAACUUAAACGAAUUGUGGAAUAUCAAUGAAGCCUCUAGAGAACUGGCAUUAAUAAUAUUUAGAAUUCUUUUUGAAGAUGUCUUUCUAUUGGAAGAUUUAAUCGUAUUGAAAAGAAUGACUGUCAUUCAACCUCUAUGUGUCAUGAUCAUUUCCCCCAUGGAUAUUUUUGCCACAAAAUAUAAAUUCACAGAUAAAUGGACUCUAUUUAAAUCAAAUAAUGAUGGGUGGUUCCAAUUGUGGAUCUCAGAGUUGAAUAAUGCAUUAAUCCAAAACAAUUCAGAAUAUGUAAUUCGAUUAUUAGAAACAUUAAAGACCUGUUUAAAUUGGCCUCUAAGUGAAAUUCUAAUUAAAAAUGAUACUUUACAAACUUUAUUACAAUGUUGUGCAAGCAAUAUACCAAAGGCUCAAUCAAUGGCUUUGGACUCCAUCCAUAUUCUUUUAACAAGACCUUAUAACAACGAAGAACAUUAUCAAUCCAUAGUUGAUAAAGUCUUUAAUAAUAUGGAUCUUUUAAAUCAAGUAUAUGAUAAUCUACAAUUCAACCCAAUUGUAGAAAUUGAUGAAAUUAAAUAUCCAAUUGUUAAAAAAUUUGUUGAUAUGAUUAGUUGUCUUUAUGUUUGUGUAUUCAAAAUUAAAAAUAAUAAUAAUCAAAUUGAAAAAUAUUUAAAUUUAAUCCUGAGAGCAACCAAAAAUCCAAGUUUAAUUGUAAGCGGAUUAACGCUUGAUUUGUGGUGUUCAUGUUUAAGAACAGAUGAAUUCUUACCAUAUUUGAAAAAUUUGGUCAUACCAGAGCUUUUACAAUUCUCAGCAGAUUCCUUAAUUUAUUAUGAAGAAAUUAAUAAUCAUAUUUCUAAAAAAUUCAGUGAGAUUGAUUUUCAAUCAAAAUCAGAAUUCCAAAAUUUUUGUUCCACCUAUAGAAAAAGAAUAAGAGAUAUAAUUAGACUAAUUUCUUGUGUGUCAAUCGAUUACACGUAUGAUUGGUUGAAUAAUAGAUUGAAUACUUAUUUUAGUUCCAAUUAUGGUCAACAAGUCCUGAAUUCCACUUUUCUAGAUUCAAAAACAGAACCGUAUUUGAGUGCUUUAUCACAAUUUAUGAUAGUAGAAUGUUUUAUUAAUGGUUGUAUACGAUGGAAAAUUUGGUAUACAAAUACAUUGGAUUAUGAUUCUAAAUUAGAUAACAUUUUAAAUAAAUUACAAUUAUUAUCAAAUCAAUUAAUCGCCUUGAAUUUGAGAGAACCUUUAUUGUUAAAAAAACAAAUCCAAAAUUUCGCUUUAUUCUUAACAAUGUUAAAAGAUAAUGUCUUAUUUACACUUUUAGAAAAAAUUAUUACGAGUGCAACUAUGGAUUAUCCAGAAAUAGAUUUGGAUAAUAAAAGUGAUCAAUCAGAAGCAGUAAGAGAUCUUCGUUAUGCAUGUGGUAUUGAAUUGAAUAGAAUGGCACUUUUAAUGCCAGAAUCUUUAAAGAAAAUCUAUCCUGAUUUGGAAGGAGUGGUAACAAAAAUAUUACCCAAUUUAUCUUAUCAUGAAAAGAUAUCUUUUAAAUCUUUUCUUUUAACAAUCAUUUUAAAAUCAUCUCUUGAUAGAAAGGAAGAACGUUUUGCUGAAAUAGUAGAUCCUGAAUUGAUUGCUUGGUCUGACCAAGCUACAGUUAUGGGAUUAUCAGAUUUACCUUGGUUUAUGGAAAGAUUAGGAAUUGUAAAAAUUGCAGAGUAUUUUAAUAGACGUGGUAUAGAUAAAAAUAGUAAUCUCUUAUCAAUUCAAAUUGAUGAUGAAGGUAAAAAAUUGAAAGCAGAAUUAACAAAACAUUGGCAAGCAUUAUUCCCAGUAAGAGCUACAAGAAUGUUCAUUCAUUAUUCAAUGCAGAGUGUUAAAAAGGAAGAAGAAUUCGAAAUGUUAAAAUCUUUAUGGAAACCACGUAUUGUUCCAAUUUUACCUUAUAUAAUGAGAUUAUUAUAUCAAUUACAAGCAUAUCAUGAUCCCGAUAAUUGGAAAACUUUACCUGAAACCGUUCAAACUUUUGUGAAAUAUUCAACAAUUGAAAGAUUUUGGGAAGCUGGUACUUCAACAAAAUCAAAAGAUGAAUUUAUUGAUGAGCAUAUGAAAGCAAUGCACACUUUAAGAGAUUUUGCAGAUUCGGUAGGUCAUAUUGUUAGAUAUACGAGAGAAUAUACUUUGUUAGUCUUAAGUGCUAUAUCAUCUUUAGGAAAUAUAUUAUAUGAAAUUGAUGAUUCUCCAGAUUUAUUGAUGAAUUCAAUUGCUAUUUAUAAACCUCAGACGAAUAAUAGCAAUAAUAUCACUAAUAAUAAUACUAGCAAUCAUAAUGAUAUUAAUGAUAAUAAUAAUACCAAUAUUAAUAAUUCCAUUAAUCGUGAUAUUUUGAUAUCCUCAGAUAUUAUAAGUCCGGGUGUUUCAACUCAUGGCUGGAAGCAUAUUUUAAACAUUGGUAUACGUCCAAUAUUGAAAAACUUCCCAAAGGAUGCUACUCCAAAAUUUAUGAUCAAUUUCUUGCCAAAACUCUUCGAUACCUUAGAUAUUAUCUUGGUAGAAAAGUGGUCUAAGCAUGAUUAUGUUGUAGAUGCAACACCAGUCCCAACUGAUGAAGAUGAAAUGACUGAAGAAAUUUUGGAAGAAAAUUUAUUAAGACAAUUAACAACCGUUGUAGUUCGUAUCAUGAUGGAUUGUGUUGGUCAAAAUACUACUUCAAUGACGAAAGAGAAGAUUAAUCCAACUCAACAAAGAAUGAGAAAAAUUAUUUUUGAAAAUGUAAAUGUACUAGCUCCAUUUUUAAAAUUAUUAAACCAUUUGAUGUCCUUUAAAGAUAGUAAAUGUUCAUUCAAUGCUAUUUUAGUUAUGAAAGGAUGUUUAUCCGAUGUAGUUGAUAUUAAUAUGACGGUUGAUGAAUUCUUCACUGUCGAAGUUAUGAGGAAUUUAUUACUAAACAUUUUAUCUAAAAAUCAAUUUAAAGAUUCCUUUUAUGAAGCUUUACACGUUUUCAUCUCAUUAUUUUUAACUUUAUGUGAAAAAUACGAAUCAACAAGAGAUUAUUUAUAUAAGUUAUCAAAUGGAUAUGAUAUAAAUUCAUUAUAUGAAAGUUUACGGGAUACUACUGGUUUCAAAGAGCAGAGAGCUUUAAUGGUUGAAUUCAUUGAUAGAAUAAAGCAGAUUUAUAAUACAGACGAGUCAGAGGGUGUAGAUCAUGCCACUGUUGAGAGAAGGAGACAAGAGAAACGUGAGGCUACCAUUAAAAAGGCGACAGAAAGAUUAGUUCAAAAGAAUAAAGACACAGCAGGUGAUAUUUUGGAUGACCCAAACACUGAAGAUGCGAACUUAGGAAAUCUAUUUGGUUCUGCAUAA